UGAAUCAGUCAGUCACCGUGCUAGUGUAUGUCUAUAUUAGUUUUUGUCUUGUUUUAAUAUUGUUUUGUAUCUAAAAGACGAUAUAUUACGUUAAAAACAGCCGAUCUAAUAAUGAAAAUGUAUUAUCCGUACCAUGGAAAUGAAUAUACAAAAGCAGAUCAUUGAUUUCUUUUCGUUCUUUGAGGAAUUCCAUAACGUUUCUAAAACGUGUUUGAAAGAUUGCCAAAAGUGCGCAGUUACUAUAAAUAAGUUAAUUUAUCGGUGUAAAAACAUAAGAGAUGCCGAGGUGACCCAGACGCCAUUGGCAGAAUUUGGUGGGCUGCAGGGCAAAUUGUGCGCGGCUCUGCACAACAUUAUAUCUGAGGAGAUACAUGAACUUAAACGUAACCUUGGUACCAUAGAAGAUUUAUUUGAUAAACUGUGCAACAAACACAAAGUCUUCCGUCAGAGUUGUGAAGAAUUAGAUUAUACAGAACAGAGUAAACUGAUCAAAGGAUCCCCUCUCCAGCCUCCAUUGCAGCAACUUCUAGAGUUUGCCGAUGACGCACUGACCUUUGGAAGCCAAGUCUGUGCGCAGAUUGAAACCUCUAUAACUGUACUAACAUUUAAAGGCUUGAAGUCAGAUUCUUUAGUUGAAAAUUUUAAAGUUUCAAGCGAGUGGAGCAGACGCAUCCCAGAAAUCCUAGCUUAUACCUCAUUCUGUGCUGAAAACCAAAUUUAACCAUGGACUUACUCGGUUCAAUCUUGAAUUCUAUGCAAAAACCUCCUUCAGCAAGUGAAGCACAGAAAAAUGCUGCCAAAAAGCAAAAAGAAGCUCUUGAGCGCAAGCAAAAAGAGGAAAAAAACAUGUUAAAUAGAUUUAGAAAAAGAGUUGAAGAUAAAAUAAGUGAUUUUGUUAAAGAUGGGUCCAAACCACACUUAGCAUUUGAACCGAUGGAUCAAACAUACAGAGCAAUAAUUAGAGAUGUUGCUGAAAUUGCCGGUCUUCAAGUAUUUUCAUUUGGCCAAGAUGGAAUUGACAGAUAUUCGGUAGUUUAUACCAAAGAAAGGCCACCAUCAGAGGAUGAGUUGACGGUCCGUAGAGCGGGUGGUAUUUGGGAUAAUGAAAAAGCUGCUGAAAUGGCUAAGCAGCGUAUUGAUAGACAAAAACUGGCAGCUUUGGAGUCGGAGGAAGAAAAAAAUAGAAAGCGCAAACGUGGCCAAGAGGAACUCAGUGGUACAUUCUACAAACAGAAGUAUGCCCAUUUAAUUGGUGAAAAUGCUGCUCUAGGAGCUGCUCAAAAGACGAAUAUGAAUAAAAGCUAUGGAGAGGUCCCAAGUGAGAAUAAGAAGGAUCAGCGUUCUAUAGAGCAGACUAUGGCAGAUAUUAGGGCUAAGAAACUGAGAAAGGCCGAGGCAGAGGCAAAUGAAGAUCAGACUUAGGUAGCGUGAAUCUGAAAAUUAGACAAGAUCCAAUACAUGCAAUACUAGCAGCAUUAGGACUAUGCCUUAUAGAAUAGUUGUGUAAGUUGUUUUUUCUUUCCAUCUCUUUGAAUUAUCUAGACAAUGGUUCAGCGUCACAUUUCUUCCUAUUUCACGCAUAUUUUUCAAUAAUUUAAUCUGACAGUCUAGUUUGCUAAACAUAGUUAACGUAGUUCAAACUACAUUUCAAUCGCUUUAUAAGUAGAUUCCUUUAAAUAGUUAUAGUUUCUCAUUUCUUAUGAUAAUUAUAGUAAUACAAAAGAUACUAUUAUUGAAUACCUACAAUUACAUAAAAUUUGUGACACACUGAGAAUGUGAUAGCAACUUUUAAGGGGUUGUUAUACCGCCAAUUUGUUACCUCUGGUAAAAUCAGCAUCAAAUAAAUAUAUAUGUAUUUGGUUUAUGUUGAUGCUGUUUGUACCUGUACUUAAAAGCAAUAUCCUAGUAAUAUACUAGACUGUACUUUAACCAUAAGGCUGUGGUAAUGCAAAUAAUAUAAAGUUAAUAACCAUAUCCAGGGCUUUUGCUCCUACAGACACACCAACUUAUCCAAUAGGCUGUUACUAGUAUUUAGGAAUUAUAGACAGUCAAGCAAAUCUUGUCACUAAAAAGGCAUGAAGUUAAAUUUUCCAAACUUUCGCUACAUUUUCAAUCAAUUUAUGCCUCCAUCGAUGUUGUUGAUGAUUCGGCCAACGUCAAGGUUUAGGAAGUUCGCCAGUGAGCCCUACAUUUCGUCACUACUUUUAAAAAAUCUCGUAUCUCACACUAUCUUAAAACGCAGUAAGUCUAUAUGCAUUCCAUACAUACUUCCUACAAUUUUCUUUUCAUUGACAGACGAAGAUACAAGUUUUUUUUAAAAGUAGUGACGAUUUCUCAAAUUUCCCGCGUCUCUUUAGUGACAAAAUUGGCUUGACUGUCUAUACAAAUGAGUAGAUAGACAUUAGAUAAUUUAUAAACAAUUGUCUAUUUCUCUUAUACGUUAUCACUUUCAGAAGUGUAGGACGUAUAGGUGUAUCUUAUUUUAAGUCUUUUUUAAUUGUUUCUGGCAAUUAUAAAUUAACUGUCCAUCAGGUGGACC